GACGUCGCGUCCUGCGCCUACGUCAACCAAGGGGGAAGGGGUCAGCCCGGCAUGUGGAGGUCUGGCUCCUGUGAUUCCUCGUUGGCCUACAUGUGCAAACGGCCGCUGAGCUGCCCGAAGGGACGGACGUGUUCCCCCAAAAGUGGUCUUGCUGUAGUGGAGACUUCCACCUGCGACACGGGCAACCUACUGUAUGGCGAUCAUUGCUACUUUUACUCCAAGCUGUACAAAGAUUGGGAGGAUGCCGAGAAGUUCUGUGUUGCCCAGAGAGGCCACCUGGCUAGCGUCCACUCACUGCAAGAGGCUCAAUUCGUGUUUGAUCACUCGCAAAGCGUUUGGUUUUCUUGGCUGGGACUGAAGAAGAAAAGCGACAACUACGAGUAUAGUGACGGAACAGCUUUUGACUACGACACGUGGCAAGAUGGCGCCACGGGGGACUGCGCGUUCCCAAAUUCUGUUGGGGAGAUCGGCGGCAGCCCCUGCACAACGAAGCGGCCAUUUGUCUGCAAAACAGCCAAGCGUGGACGGCCUCGACAGCUGCCACCAUUAGCCAGCCAACAUGGCUGGACUGACAAAUGCGGCUGGUGGCUGGACGACCCCUCGGACGACUUCUGCUACCUGUUCAACUUUCAGCCCGCCAAGACCUGGCAGGAGGCGCAAGCCGACUGCAAAGGCCGCCAAGGGAACCUGCUCAGCAUCGCCGACUCGGACGAGCAGGGCUUCGUACGCGGUAUCGCCAAGCUUCUGGGGAUGAGUGAUGAUGCCUCACUGUGGUUGGGCGCCGACGCCUCCAUCAAGCGUGACGGCGACAAGUGGACUGACGGAUCCUCCUUCUCUUACCUCCACCCGAGUGCAGGUGUCGCUGAAGGGGAGGAAUGUCUUUUCUUGCUCACUGGCAGCGGCGACUGGAAGCGCGACGAGUGCGACAAGAAGAAAGGCUACGUCUGCAAGAAAAGAGGAAAGACACAUCAGCUGCUGCCACAUGACGGCUACAAGAAGAAGCUUGUCUGCCAAGACACUUGGAAAGCCCUCAAAUGUCCCGAUGAAAGAGUCAUCCGCAUACGGUCGGCUUUCCAUGGACGGAAGGAUAGCGACGUCUGUCCGAGUGGCGGCGGAUCACGCGGUGGCUGCAGGGUGGAAGGGGCUCUCUCUCACUUUAGAGGAUUGUGUGACAACUAUCAGAUUUGCCCCAUUUACCUUACGGAUACGGACUCCUGCCCUGGUGUCUCCAAAUACCUCCACGUCGUCUACAGCUGUGAGAAGAAAGUGUGUCUUGAUAGUUUGGGCAUCGCGGACAGGAGAAUCCCAGACUCCUCUUUUUCAGCCUCUUCCUCUGCGAUCAAUGACGAACCUCACAAAGCGCGUCUGGGGGGCAGCGGUUGCUGGAGCCCCUCCGAAAUGUUCGGUAGCUGGAUCCAGGUGAACCUCGGUCAGAACUUCAAGGUGACAGGCGUCGAGACCCAGAGCUGUAGAUACCAAUUCCAAAGUUCCAGCGUAUUUGAGAUGCUGUUCAGUAUUGACGGAGAGACUUGGUAUCGCCACCCAAAGCAGCCUUCUGUGGGGACGUAUAUUCUAACCAGGCCCGUGUUCGCCCAGUACGUCCGCCUCCUGCCAAAGUUUUUGGGCCUACGCUUUGACGUCUUGGGGUGCAGGUCUGACGGCACCGCUCGCGACGUCUCAUGCAGCAGCACAGCCGCCAACCUCGACCUCGACGGUUCAAUGACGGUGCGGUGCCCACUGGGCUGCGCCCAAGCCGGCUACAAGGUCUACGGAACUCGGCUCUACAAACAGGACUCAAACAUCUGCGUGGCCGCUAUUCACUCGGGCGUCAUUGAGAACGAGAUCGGAGGAGAUGUGACUUUGCUGAAGAAACCGCCACAGAAAGCCUACAGCAGCUCCACCUGUAACGGAAUCAUCUCGGAAGUAUAUGUUGACAAAUGGGCUCCGUCUCCGUCUUACACUUUUGCUGCCACGGAGCCGAGAUGCUUGGGACCUGACUGGGAGGAGUUUGCGGACUUCUGCUACAAACGUUUUAAUGAUACAAAGAAGUGGUACGACGCUCAACACUUCUGCAGGAGUCUCGAUGCCGAGCUGGUGUCUAUCCGCUCCGAGGCUGAGCGGGAUUGGCUGCACGACCUCGUGAAGCUUGCCCCUGGAGACACGUGGACCGGACUCAACGACCUGGUCGAUCGCGGCAGAUUCGUGUGGUCGGACCGCCGGAAGGUGACCUUCGCCAACUGGGCUCCGGGAAAACCUACCGGCCUGAUGGAGAAUUGCGUGGCCACCUUGAGCCAGUCUGGCAAAUGGAAGAAGAUGUCCUGCAUGGAAUUAAACGGCUACGUGUGCAAGAUGCCCACAGCGCGUUAUCCGCUGGAUUUGGAAAGUGCCAAUGCAAUUUGCGAGUAAUCCUAUGAAUGCAAUUGACCUUGCAUGAUCAUCCUGCUUGGUUUACCAUGCCUUUUGAUUGACUGAUUGAUUUACCAUGCAUUAUUAUGAUUGAUUAACCAUGCAUUAGUCGUCUUGUUAGUUACCAUGUGUUAUUAUUCUGUUUAAGUUACCAUGUUCUUUUUACAUGUGCUAUUAUGAUUUACCAUGCAUUAUUAUUAUUUUGUUCAAUUUACCAUGCAUUAUUAUGAUUGAUUAACCAUGCAUUAGACGUCUUGUUAGAUUUACCAUGUGUUAUUAUUCUGUUUAAGUUACCAUGCAUUCCUCUUCUUCUUGACUUAACAUGUGAUAUUAUGAUUUACCAUGCGAUAUUAUGAUUUACCAUGCAAUAUUAUUAUUUUGUUCAAUUUACCAUGUUGUUAUUCUCUUAGAUUUACCAUGCAUUUUCAUAAUUGAUAUUUCAUUUACUUAUUGUUAAAUUUACCAUGCAUUAUUAUUCCAUCUGUUGUUUGACCAUGUUUAAUUGACCCCAAAAAAACAAUAAAAUAAG